AGAUGGGCACAAUGAUUUCCCGUACAUGAUCCGCGGGUGGUACUUGGGAAAGGUUGACGAUGCAGAUGUCGACGCAGAACAUAUGCCUAUCGCGCAUACCGACAUCAUCCGGCUGCGAAAAGGAUGCGUUGGAGCUGUAUUCUGGAGCGCAUAUGUGCCACGUCCAGAUGCCAACGCAGAAAACGACUUCUCCACUGGCGCACACUACGAGAGCUUGUGCGCUACCUUGCAACAAAUUGACAUUAUCCAUUGCCUGACGGAGAAAUACUCUCACGCCUUAGGUUUCGCUCGCAAUUCGAAGGACGUAUGGGAUAUCUUUCGCUCUGGUCGUGUGGCCGGCUUGAUUGGGGUCGAGGGUUUGCACCAGAUUGCUAACAGCGCGAGCGUUUUGCGGAAUUUUUAUCGCCUGGGUGUUCGGUACGUGACGUUGACUCACGAUAGCAACAACCUUUAUGCUGAUGCGACGAACUCAAAGGAACCCGCACAUCAGGGCCUUUCAAAGGAAGGCGUUGCGAUGGUAAGAGAAAUGAAUCGAAUUGGCAUGAUAAUCGAUCUCUCUCACACAUCCGUGGCAACGCAAAAGCAAGUCCUAGCCAUCUCCAAAGCCCCUGUGAUUUUCUCGCAUUCAUCUUGCUCUGCGUUGACGCACCAUCCGCGUAACAGUCCCGACGAGGUUCUGGACGCACUGAAGGCGAACGGCGGAGUAUUCAUGGUUACGUUUCUGCGAAAGCUCACCGAUGCUACCGAUCCAACUCUCGAGAGAGUAGCAGACCAUGUCCAACAUGUAGGCAACCGCAUUGGGUACGAGCACGUCGGGAUCGGCUCCGAUUUUGAUGGGACAAUGCAGACGGCGUCGGGCUUGGAUGACGUUUCCAAGUUUCCCUUUCUGAUUGCUGAGCUCCUUAGAAGAGGGGUAGGGGAACAGUCAAUCAAGUGUUUGGCUGGCUUGAAUAUACUGCGCGUUCUGGACGCAGUUGACAAAGUGUCUGCGAGUAUGAAGGAGGAAGGAGUAUACAUGCUACAAGACAUCAUCGAACCGGUGUGGGAUGAGAAGAUACGCAAUCAAGUGAGAGAAGUCAGGGGUGUGCAUGGAUAA